AUGACUCUGGAUCCAGACACGGCUCAUCCCAGACUCAUCCUGUCUGAGGAUCAGAAACAUGUGAGAUUCGGAGACACAUGGCAGGAUCUGCCCUACAAUCCUGAGAGAUUUGAUCUUUGUCCCUGUGUCCUGGGUGUUGAGCGGUUCACGGGCGGGAGACGUUACUGGGAGGUGGAGGUGGGAGACAAGACUGAGUGGGACCUGGGGGUUUGUAGGGAAUCUGCAAACAGGAAGGGGAAGGUCACACUCACACCUGAGGAUGGAUACUGGAUCGUGUGGCUGAGGGAUGAGGGGUACAAGGCCGGCACAGCCCCCCCAAUCCCCUUUCCCGUGAGUGUCAGGCCCAGCCGGGUGGGGAUUUUCCUGGACUAUCAGGCAGGUGAGGUCUCGUUUUAUAAUGUGACUGACAGGUCCCAUCUCUUCACUUUCACUGACACCUUCUCUGGGACGCUCCGCCCUUAUUUCAAUCCUCGUGUUGUCUCUGCACAGCAGUAUGGUGAGGAUAAGCACAUUGGCGUUUGCCAGGUGCUCAGACAGUGCAGUGGUGGGGGCCAGAUAAUCAUGGCACUAAAUUAG